AUGAUUAGAUUGAACACUGGAUAUCAUCCAAUUUUUUAUCAUCCAAUUUUUUUUCUCACUGGAGAGGAUCCACUCCCCAACCUCUCUCUAUCGUUCCGCUUUCUCUCUAUAUAUAUUAACCUCUUCACAUUCCAACCGACAUCCGCUUUUUUCUCUCACAUCCACAUGGAAGUCGUGGUUCCGAUGGCUGCUCCUCCUCCUACAGUGGCGACGGAAUUCAACUUCGACAGCAACUGCUCCUCCCCUUACAUAACUGCCCCUUCAAGCCCUCAACGCUUCGGCAACUUCUUCUUCAGCGCUCCCACAAGCCCCACCAGAAUCUCCACCUUCAUCAACAAUAAUAUUCCUUCUUCUUCUUCUCUUAUUCACGACCACCAUCAACAUGAACAUGAAUUUCAAUUCGAUUUCAGCGGCCACCUCCAACCACCUUCCCUCUCCGCUGACGAACUCUUCGACGGCGGAAAGAUCCGCCCCUUUGAGCCACAAUCCGGACUCAUCGCUUCGAGUAGCAAACCGCUUUCGGCGCACCGCAAGAGCGAAAGCUUCGAUCCUGCAACUACCGCCAUGGAAGACGAAGAUCAAAAACCACCAACGCGAGGAAGAGAGAAGAGAGCUUUCUCUGGUAGAAAAGGAAGUAGAUCACUAUCUCCAUUAAGAGUCUCAGACAUCAUCAACAACAAUAACAGCAACGAAGAAAGAGCAGUUCCUUCUUCUUCUUCAUCAUCAUCAAGAAACAACACAAAAGCUUCAUAUGCAUCGUUCUUAUCUUCAAUCUCAUUCACGAGAGGGUACCGAAAAUGGAGGCUGAAGGAUUUUCUUCUCUUCAGGAGCGCCUCGGAAGGAAGAGCCACCGAUAAAGACCCUCUGAGAAGGAAGUACGAGGUUCUGUCCAAGAAAGCCGCCGCCGUGGACGAUGACGUCAGAAACUCCAGUUUCCGGUCCAGUGACGGUUCGGUUUCGAAACGGAGAGGACCGGUUUCGGCCCACGAGAUUCAUUACACAGCGAACCGGGCCGCCUCUGAGGAGAUGAAGAAGAGGACUCUCUUGCCUUAUAAGACUGGCUUGUUAGGCUGCUUGGGCUUCAAUCCAACUGGCAUGCAUGAAAUUUCUAGAGGAAUGGGAUCUUUCACACGUUCCUAAAUUGUUUCUUCAAUCUUAUUAUUCAAAUAACAUACUCUCUUUCUUUUUCUUUUCU